AUGCAACACAGCAUAGAAAUUGCCUUAGCGUGCCAUGGCAUGCCAUGCUAUGCUGUGCUAUGCCGUGUCGCUUCGUCCCGUGUUGCCUCGUCUCGUACCGGACCGUACAGUACCGUGCUACAAAGCGACCCGUCCUCGCCCGUCUCGUAUCGCACUGUAACCGUAUCGGCGCUAGCUGAUUUCUCUCUCGCCCUGCCUUCCGCCCCCCACCCCUCUCUUUCUCCGAUCGUUGCUACUCCCGUCGCUAGCCACCAAACUUUUUCACACGUACUGUACUCCAUCUUUUUUUGGCGUCUUCCCCUAUCCGGUUUUAACAAGGUUUUUUUUGUUUUAUUUUUCUUUUCUUCGGUCGGUUGGUCGUUCUUUCCCUUCCGAUUAUCAAAGCAAAAGCGCAUUUUUUUUCUUUUUCUUGUUUUUUUUGUUUUUUGUUUUUUUGCAAACAACGUCAGGAGUUCAAUUGGGAGAGCAAGAAACAACAAGGCAAACAAGACAACGUCAGUCAUUUCUGAACCAGACGCGCACUACUACCACCUCUUUUCCCUAUCUCUUUCUCUUUCCCCACCACUGUUAUAA